AUGACUCCCAAUGCGAAACUCCUUCCGCCAUCCACCGGCCCCCGUCUCAUCGUCUACCACCAGACUUUCCACGACUCAAACGGCACUUACCACUCGUUGCUUCCGCUGCUCACAAACAACACGGGCAUCACGCAUGUGAUUGUCGCGGCUAUCCAUCUUAAUGAUGGACCUGGGAAUAUUACGCUGAAUGAUCACAAGCCGGAUGAUAAGAGGUUUGAUCAGUUAUGGGGCGAGGUGAAUUGGUUGCAGGGUAGUGGGGUCAAGGUGUUGGGUAUGCUGGGUGGAGCAGCGAAGGGGAGUUACGAGAAGUUGAGCGGAGAUGAAGAGAGUUUCGAAGCAUACUACACCCCCCUCGCCGCCCUAAUAACCGCCCGCUCCCUCUCCGGCCUCGACCUCGACAUCGAAGAAACCAUCCCCCUCUCCACCACCACCCGCCUCAUCUCGCGCCUUCGAGCAGACUUCGGCCCCGACUUCCUCAUCACCCUCGCCCCCGUCGCCACAGCCCUAAUCCCCGACCCCAAAAUCCCCGCACACCUCCGCCCGCCCCGACCCAUGCUCGCCAGCGGCCCCACUCCCAACCCCUUACACCCCACGCUGCGCCAUCUAUCCGGCUUCAGCUACCCGGAGCUCGAAUGCAGCGUCUGGGGGAAAGAAAUAGCAUGGUACAACACGCAGUUCUACUGCGGAUGGGGCGACGCGUUUACAACGGCAUGGUACGAUACCAUCAUCGCCGCGGGCUGGAAACCAGAAAAGAUUGUCAUGGGCGUGGUGACGAAUGAGGCGAAUGGCAGUGGAUAUGUGGAUGUGGGACGGCUGGCGGUGGUUGCACAGCAGUUACGGCAGAGUUAUUAUAAAAUGGGAAGGGGGUUUGGGGGGAUGAUGGGAUGGGAGUAUUUUAAUGCGGGGGAUUGUGAUGAUGAUGUCGAAUACAUCACCGACCGCGAUCUCAAUACCGAGACUGUGCAGGCGGGGUGGGUUAAAGCGCUAGGAUUGUCUCUACGAACGGAUGUCGACCUAGAUGAAACGCCUAUCUAUGAUUUUGGUGGAGCGGCGAUGGGUGGGGCGGCGCUGGGUGGUGUAGGCGGUGCAAGUGGUAGUGGUAGUGGAAGCGGACUUCAGAAUAUCACGGCUGACCAGAUUCGCAAUAUGGUUAGUAAUCUGCCUGCUGCGCGUGCGGCUUGGCCGGACGAAGAGGUGCAGAAGUUGGUGGUACUGGGGUUUAGCAGGCAGGAGGCGUUGGCGGCGUUGAAUGCGACGGAGGGGGAUACGGAGAUGGCGGCGGGGUUUUUGUUUGAGCAUUAUCCUUCGUAG